AGCUCUCUAAGGAAGAAUACGAGGAAUCCUCCGAAGAAGACUUUGCACGCUUCUCCAAACGAAAAGUUCGUACGAACCAGCAGUACCAACCAGCUACUACGAAAACAAGAGUCAAAAUGCGGCGUACGAGGUACGUUGCACUGCCAGUACGAGCUUGGCAGUAUGUCGGCCUUCUGGUGGUGUCCCUCGCCUGCCUGACGCUAGGUCUGGUCUCCAGGGAUAAGGAAGGCCGAGCGGGAAGCCUGGCGGGACCUGAAUUGAAACAUCAAGCUCCUCACGAAGUGGAUGCCUGCCCGAACCUGAGCCCUUUCACCAAGAUGCCUUCUUGCUCGAAUUUCGAGCAAAACCAGACCAGGAUUUCGAGGACGACCAAGCAAACCAGAAACUCCAGAAUUUCCCUCGUACCAACCGAUCUCAGAAUGUCCCGAUCUCGAAGCUUAGACCGUGCCUCCAGGAUACGGUCUCAAACUCGAGCUGACUUUACGAGCGCAACGGAGAGACUGGCCAGACAGAGAAGCAACAUCGAAUACGAUUCUAGACGUGCUGUGGAAUCCAGACAUAGAAUCCAAGAUCGUACAAGACGCGUAUCCGAUUCUGCAAUACGACUGCAGAUCGCUCGAUCGUUCGACUCCAGAACUACGCAGGAUCUUGCUGAACGAAGAUUGCUCGAAAGGUCCGCCGACACCGAUAGGCGUCGUCAAGUAAAUAGGCGAGUAAUUGAUUCUCGAGAACGUGAAAACCUUGUACGCUCUAUGGAACGACUGACUUCCACCGCCGAUUCCCGUCGCGAAAGGAACGAGCGAUCUCCGAUGAACGUGGAUAGACGAAAUCGUAUCCAAACGACGAUCAGACGCGACUCUAGACUCGAUCGAGACCACAGACUUUUUACCAGAAUGGAACAACGCGAAGCGACUGACGAACGACAAAGGGUUAGUCGAUCGGAUCGUCGUGCGAAUGCGGGGACAAACGAACGACGACACUCUCUCGUUACAUCGUUAAGACGUUCCGUAGACAAUUUCGAUCGAGAGAGAAACAACAGACUGAACUUGGCUCGCGAACGACGCGAAUCUUCUCCCGUCAGGGCAUCUGAAAUUACCAGCAAUUACUUGAAGGAACGACGAGUCAGGAGUUUGUUCAACGAUCGAAGAUCGGAACGUCGGUCAUUCGUGGAUUCUAGAAGAAACUCAGAAAGGCGAUCUGCAUCCGUCGAAUCUGAAAACCAUGUAGAAGGUAGAGCCGAUCCCAGACUCGUGGAACGGAGAGAUAAUCGUAUCGUUCGUCAACGUGUAGAUCGUAGACUUAGCGAAGAAAGGGUUCACCGUCGUCUUGCAGACCAAACAGCUGAACGUCGACUCGUGGAACGAAGAACCGACCGACGUCCGAUGGAACAAAGAGCCGGCCGACUCGUCGUGGAAAGGCGAUCCACAUCCGUCGAAUCUCGAAUUCGCAAAGAAGCCAGGACCACCGAUCAACCACGCAGGGAAAGGCGAUCCGCGUCUAUCGAAUCCCAGAACCUCGAAGAAGCUAGAGCUGAUCGUCAACUUAUGGAACGAGGAACUAACCGACGUCUCAUGGAACAAAGGGCAGUCCGACUCGUCUUGGAAAGGCGAUCCACACCCGUUGAAUCUCGAUUCCGCAAAGAAGCCAGAACCACCGAUCAACGACGCAGGGAAAGGCGAUCCGCGUCUAUCGAAUCUCAAAGUCGUCAAGAAGCUAGAACUGAUCGCCAACAAUUGGAACGAGGUACUAACCGACGUCUCAUGGAGCAAAGGGCUGACCGACUCNGCGUGGAAAGGCGAUCCACACCCGUCGAAUCUCGAUUCCGCAAAGAUGCCAGUACCACAGAUCAACGACGCAGGGAAAGGCGAUCCGCGUCUAUCGAGUCCCAGAACCUCGAAGAAGCUAGAGCUGAUCGUCAACUUAUGGAACGAGGAACUAACCGACGUCUCAUGGAACAAAGGGCAGUCCGACUCGUCGUGGAAAGGCGAUUCACACCCGUCGAAUCUCGAUUCCGCAAAGAAGCCAGACACAUCGAUCAACGACACAGGGAAAAGCGAUCCGCGUCUAUCGAAUCUCAAAGUCGUGAAGAAGCUAGAGCUGAUCGACAACUUGUGGAACGAAGAACCGACGCACGACUCAUUGAACAAAGGACUGAUCGACGACGACUGGCCGUGGAAAGGCGAUUCACGUCCGUCGAAUCUCGAACCCGCGGAGAAACCGGUACUGAUCGUCGACUUAUGAAACAAAGAGCUGAUCGUCAACUCGUGGAACGUCGUCUCACAGGGCAGAGAAUCGAUGGGCGAGACUUGAACUCGAGACGAUCGGUACGACAGACACUUGACACCGAUAGAUCUCAAGGAACCGGCACUAUGCUUACUCGUCUUGAAAAUGACAUUCGCUCUAGCCAGAAGGGACAAAGAUUCGCUGACAAAGCACGCGCAGCCCUGACAAUUUCUCCAGAUAGAUCUGUAAACGAUAUCGGACGACCUCGCUCCGUGGAAAGGGAUAUUCGCUCUGCGGAUAGAGAUUCUCGUUCUCGAAGCCAAUCGAUCCAAGAUUCAAACGUUGUUCGAAGACGAGACCGAUCUCAACAACGGAUUUCCAGGAUCCCUGUCAAUGCACGUUCCUUAACGGUACGAGAGAAAAGUCAGGCACGCGGCAAUGAUUUCGUGCCCAGGAUGAAGAUUUUAGGCGCCACGGACUUCCUAAAACAACGAAACUCCAUGAAUUACACGUUUACAUUUGAAAUUAUCCGUCAGGCACUCACAAUUGGACUUUGUACGAUGUACGGAUUAUCCAUUUUCUACGGAAAACGCUCUUUCAUUAGAAACUUGGUGAGACAGGGACCGCAAUUUACUAUAUGGUAGACCCUUAUCCUAAGGAAAAACAACGAUCCGCUACUUCCAAGACCUGCUUUUAGUCAUUGUUCUAGUGUAGUUUUUCCUUCCAUCAUACUUAUACUAUGUACU